AUGGACCAGCCUCGCACGGCGAUCCUCAACAAGGCUGACAGGCAUUUCUUCAAUGAUGUCAGUUACGGCAGGCAGCCCAAAUUCCGCUUCCAGCAGCAGGAUGAUAAAUGGGUGAAGUUCAACUGGAAAGGGAAGACAGAUGAAGAUAUCGGCAAGCUACUCAUCCCGGCUUAUCCCUUCGAAGUUUCAUGGCAGAAAUUCCAGACAAUAUUGGAGAAAAUGAAAGACGGAGAUACUGAGCCAGGCGUUUUCCCCGUCCUCGAUGCGAUGGAGGACGCGUUCAAAGAGGUCGUCGUUGACCUCAAGGAGACAUAUCAGCUCAACAAUGAAUAG